AAACACAAAUGCAAUGGAAAGGACAUUUUUGGCAACUUUGUCAUUGAUAAAAAAGCAGAAGGAAAAAGAGGAAAUCUCUCUAUUUUUGCUUUUUCCAGUCAAGAUACUUUCUCUCUUCAGGGAGAUUACAGAGAGAGAGAGAGAGAGAAGCGAAUGUCCUAAUUAGAGUAUUACUUGCUAGCCAGAGGUUCGCCGGAAACCGUGUUUGUCCACCGUUUUUUAAUCGGCUUCGCGAGCAGUUCAAGAAACUUGGGAACCCACCACCAUGGGAGAAACCGGUAUUGUCCGGUUUCCGGGGAGCCUAGACCCUAGAGCGCAAGAGUUCAGGCCAAGAAAUAACCCUAACAACGUCAACUUCACCCAACAAAUGCCCCUCUUUGGACCUCCGCCGCUGACUCCACUGCAUCAAGUCUACUAUCCGUAUUCUCCUCAAGCUGUGCCUUUUAAUGAUGGCGGAGGAGUUGUAGGCUAUCUGCAGUACCCUGCUGCACCAUCCCCAGUUGCGUACGCUGGCACCGUCAUGCCUCUACCGCCACAGUCGGCUGCGCCAACGCGGACGCUGGUGUUAAGUUCUGUGCCUACUGAUGUUAGCGAGUGGAUGAUUAGGAGAGAAUUGGAGGUGUUUGGAGAAGUGAGAGGGGUUGAGAUGGACAGAAUUUGUGAUGGGAUCGUGACUGUCCAUUUCUACGAUCUGAGACAUGCAGAGAAAGCCUUGAAGGAGAUACGAGAACAACACAUGCAGCAGCAAAGCAGGUUAAGAAACCUCUUCGCUGCCUUAGAGCGAAGUUAUGGUUUUCUGGGACUGGUAGAGAACUUGCUUGCACCACCGCCUCCAGCGGCGCGUGGGCUCAUUGCCGGUUGCGCCGUGUGGGCCCAGUUCAUUAUUCCUUCGUGUAACGCUGUCCCUGAAGGGCAUAACCAAGGGACCAUAGUAGUUUUCAAUUUAGACCCGAAUGUUUCCACCUCGUCCCUCAAGGAAAUUUUCCAAGCUUUAGGUUCUGUUAAGGAAUUGAGGGAGACUCCAUUAAAGAUGCAGCAAAGAUUUGUGGAGUUCUAUGACGUAAGAGAUGCAGCUAAAGCUCUUAGGGAGAUGAAUGGAAAGGAAAUUCAUGGAAAGCAGGUUGUUAUUGAGUUUAGUAGACCUGGUGGCUAUGGCAGAAAAUUUUUCAAUGCCUCCACCACUACCACCACCACCUCUAAGGCCACUUCUAUUAGCAAUGCAUUCAUUAAUGCGAAAAUUUCAAGGUAUGCACCACCACAAGCGCCUCCUCUUCCCCCUCCACUUCCCCCACCAACUUCACCACCAUUGCCUCGUAAAUUUUCUAGCCGUUCUGCUCCUAAUAUUCCUCCGCGUGUUUUUCUGGCUCAAACUGAAUCCUCCUCCACGAAGAAAGCCUCUAAUUUUAACAAGGGAAACCCUAAUGAGAAUGUAAACAACAUCAACAAGGGUUCAUUGGAAUCGUCCAUGGGUGGUUUGUGGGUAAAUGGUGGAGGCGAAGAUGGAGUUGCAGAAAAGGUUGGUGAUGGGCCUGUGAAGAGAAAUGCAAAGAAAAACCAAAACGAGUCUUGUGCUACAUCUACAAAGCAGCAACAUAGAAGUUGGCCAUGGAAGAGCAGACAGGCAAAGAAGUUUGACACCCGUUUUCUCAUAAAUGAAGAUGCUAUGGUGGAGUCAAAUUCCAGUGAUUCUAAGACCACUGUCAUGAUCAAGAACAUACCCAACAAGUACAGUCAGAAGCUGCUCUUAAACAUGUUAGACAGUCACUGCAUCCACUGCAACGAGCAGAUUACCAACGGCGAAGACCAGCCCUUGUCUUCCUACGAUUUUGUCUAUCUUCCUAUUGAUUUCAAUAACAAGUGCAAUGUGGGAUAUGGGUUCGUGAACAUGACGUCCCCACAGGCAACGUGGAGGCUAUAUAAGGCUUUUCACCAUCAACAUUGGGAAGUUUUUAACUCGAGGAAAAUUUGUGAAGUCACUUACGCUAGAGUCCAGGGAUUGGAAGCUUUAAAGGAGCACUUCAAGAAGUCGAAGUUCCCGUGUGAGAUGGACCACUACUUGCCAGUGAUGUUUUCACCUGCUCGAGACGGGAGGCAACUGACGGAGCCUCAACCCAUUGUUGGCCAGAAGCAACAGCACCCCAUGAUUCUUGGUCUUCCCAUGAAAUCCACCGAACAUGAGAGUAAGAACAACGGUGGAGAUAGCCUCAAAAACAGCGACAGCAACAACGGUGACACUGACCAAGAAGAAGAAGAGGGAAGAUACAACAGCAGCCGCAGCCGAAACGGCAGCGACAUGGGUCAUUAUGACAGAGAGCAGCGGUGGCAGCUGAGAAAUGGGUGGGCCUGAAAUUUGAACUAAGAAGAAGAGAUAGAGCUAUAGCGAGGGUUUUGUGAUAUUGUAUCUGGGAAGUGGGAAGAUGUGAAAUAUCAUAUCAUUUAUAUAGAGUUACUUCAGCCAACCCCUGUAUCCAUCAGUACCUGCUAUAUGAAAUUACGAAUAAUUGCAGCCACCCAAUGAAGUUCUUGUUGAGCUACGAGCAUCCUGCCAUAUCAUGCCUUUCACCACAGCCUACUGCGGCUUCCUGCCAUAUCCUGGUAUGGUCCUCAGGUCCAGUCAUCUGACCUGACCUGACCUGACCACCAUCACCUCCUCCAUUAACUCUCUUUAGCUACGCUAUUGACAAAGAAAAUUGUAACGUUUUUCUUUUUUCUCCCCCCUUCUUUUUCAUGGUUAUGAUAUGAUGUAGACUUGUAGUGAUGUUGUAACAUGAAGAAAUUUUAAUUCUGAAGAUUUCUGUA